GUAGAUGCAAAACUAUUAAGGUUUAAAAUAUAAAAUUUAUAUUAGUAGAUUAUCUGUGAAAAACUCUUUUAUAUAGUUAUAUUUUAAAUAUUUUUUAUAAAUAUAACUUUUUAUAGCAUAACCGUAUAGUUUGAGAAAUCAAUGACAAAACAUUUGUACCGGAGGCGGUAAUACCUUUUUCUUUUCUGCCGAAGUAGAGAGUUUUCUUUCCUUUUUUUUUUUGUGAUAGGAGUUGAGAGUUGAGACGUGCCAGGUGGAGUUCUACUGCAGCAACGGGGGAGGCUGCUUUUCUGUGUACGCUGGUGUUUGGGCCGUAGCAAUUACAAGCCCGAGAGAGGGAAAACCGCGCGGGAAACGCCACGUGCUCAGAUCCACCCGCUCCCCAAAACUCCCACCCCCCCGCACCAAAAUUUUUCCCGCCUCCCGCCCACCACCAACCCACAAAAUCGCACAACUCCAAGGUCCAAAUCGCAAAAAACCAACCCCUCCUCAAGUGAGAAACCAACUCCAAGGACCAAAUCGCAAAAACACCACCCCCUCCUCAAGAACAAGGUAGUAGUAGUGUACUAGUGUUCCCCCCAUUCUCUCUCCCAUUCCCCAAAUCCUCCGCGGCGGCGGCGCCUCCUCCUCCCAUGCCUUCCGAGCACUAGCGCGGCAGAUCCGAUCCGAGCCCCCUCCGCCCUAUCUCCGAUGGACUCCAAGGCUGCCGGCUCGUCGGAGAUCGAGCGGGCGUGGCACCUCCUCACCGUGGUCAUCCGCCUCGGCCGGCCCGCCGCCGCCUCCGACGUCGCGCGCUUCGCGACCGCCGACGACGUCGAGCGGCUGUGCCGCAUCCCCGGGUCGCCGCUUCGGCUCUCCGGGGGCGUCGUGGCGGCUUCCGAGACGGCCUUCGUGGCGUUCCUGAGGUACGUGGGGUUGGAUGUUCCGCCGCCGAGGGUGAGCCCGAGGGCGCCCGAUGAUGUGAUGAGGUGGUUGCGGAGGCGGGUGCCCGUUACGUACGAGCGCAAGCGGAAGGCGUCAGAUGCGGGGCGCUUCGUCGCGAGGAAGCGUCUCCUGGCGGCUCCCGAUGCAGAUUUGCCGGAACACGAGCUGCGGCAGUCGCAGCAACUGAUCGUGCAAAGCUGUGCUCCAGUUGCUACUGGAGAGGUACAUCAGGAGGCUACCCAAGAAUUGCAAGACAGGCUUCCUAGUCUCAACAUAUUUACUGCUCAGCGUUCCUUUGAAGUUUCAAUUGGCUCUAAUGUAUUUUCAGACAUUGAAAUUAGCAUGCCUUCUCUUCCGUCCAAGAUUGACCAGUUUAUAGGAGGCAAUGAUGGCAGUGUUCUUGUGAGCAUGGCUUCUGCACUAGUGCCAAAGGAGGUGACAGACAUGUCUGGCUGUAUCAAUAUCUUCCAUGCUACAGUUGACAGAGAGAGUACUAGGAUUGGUGAACCUGAAGGAUCAGCUUCACUUUGUUGUUCUAGAGUAGAGGACCGUGAGGAACUAGAAAAGGAGUCCACCCUCCUUACUAUGGCAGUUGGCUUAGCUGUGGGAAAGAAAAAUGGGAUUGAGCAGGAUCUGAAUCUUAGACCUAGCAGUCCUAGAAAUUGUAGCACAAAGGCAACAGAUGAUAUGGAAACGUUCGAUGUGAUUUCGAAAGAAGCUGAAGCUCUACAAUAUUGCAGCCCAAAUGCUCAAUACCCACAGAAGAUCCUAACUUGUGGUCAGGACAGUGAUGCUCUAGUAGUUAAUGCUCAUGUGGCAAUUCAUGAGAAUAAGAUAGAAGACAUUACAUUCCAGCCUCCUGAAGGCACCAAAACAGAAGCUAUUGUACAUGAAAUGGUCCAUGAAACUAUGGGAAGUUUGUGUCAACCUUCUUCAAACACAAAGGUUGAACAUGCAGUGUUGCCACUACAAGCCCCAACUUAUGGUUGCAUUAGCAAUGAGAACUUGAACAUUGCUGCUGAAAACAGAGCAAGCACACAUCAAAAUCAUGUGGAGCCAUCAACACAGAACGAAGUGGCUGUCAGAUUAUCUAAGAAAGAGCAAGAUAGAAAGAUUAUGAAGCAAAGGGAUAAGGGCAAGAAAAAAGAAGCACUGCCCAAAGAAGAUAAGGAUCAAGUUGCAGCAAAGGUUCAAAAGGGUCAUACAGAACCAAAACCACUGCCUAACUUCAAAAAUUUUGAAAUUGAAGAAGAGGAAGGUUCAGGGGGUUACGGGACUGUUUAUAGGGCUCGAAGAAAAUCAGAUGGAAGACUGUUUGCCAUAAAAUGUCCUCAUGCAAAUGCUCAUUCACAUCAUGUUUACAAUGAACAGAAGAUGUUGGAACGCUUUGGAGGCAAGAAUUUCGUGAUUAAAUAUGAGUGCUCUCUUAGGAGUGGUGAUCUAGAAUGCUUUGUUCUAGAACAUGUUGAGCACGAUAGACCAGAGAAUCUGAGAAAAGAAAUAGGUUUGUUUGAUUUAAGGUGGUAUGGGUUUUGUCUGUUCAAAGCUCUGGCAAGCUUACAUAAGCAGGGGAUAGUGCAUAGAGAUGUCAAACCUGGAAAUUUCCUGUUCUCCCGUAAACUGGCAAAGGGGUAUCUUAUUGACUUCAACUUGGCAAAUGACCUUCACCAGAAGUUCUUUCGAAACAGUAAAUCUGAGACAAUCUCACGUGGGAAGGAUACCAUAUCUCAGCCUGCACUGAAGUCUACCCCAGUGGUUCAGGCCAAAGAACCAGUUGCCGAUUCAAAGCAGCUCCUUGGAUCCAAGAGGAAAAGAUCCAACAGAAGCCCAGUGGGUAGUGCACCUAAGAAUGAUAAUAAAAGUAGGCAUGGUAUCCAAGCUGCUGAUGUGUCUGGUGUAACCUCUGCCAAGGAUCCUACAAGCACGAAAACAUCAUUAGACAGGUUGAAGCAGCCAAUGCCCUACAAAGGGCGGAAGGAAUUAAUGAACUUCUUGCAUGAUGCAAUGCAAAGUCCUGACAAAAAUACUUCGACAGCACCUGUUUCCCAAAGGAAGAGGGUUGCUGCUCCUCUCGGAAAUGUGGAUCAGAAGCUCUUUAUACUCACCCCGAUGCCCCUGUGUUCGGGUGGUAGUGCUAUUGCUGGUUCUGGCAUGCUUAACAGCAAAGGAAAUGGAAAACAUCGAAGAGAAGGUCCAUGUGUUGGAACUAAAGGAUUUCGAGCUCCAGAGGUUCUUUUUAGGUCUUUCCAUCAAGGUUGUAAGGUUGAUGUCUGGUCAGCAGGGGUGACACUCCUGUACUUCAUAAUUGGCAAAUCGCCUUUUGGUGGAGAUCCUGAACAGAACAUCAAGGAAAUAGCAAAGCUUAGAGGCAGCGAAGAACUAUGGGAGGUGGCGAAACUGCACAACUGUGAAUCUUCCUACCCAUCGGACCUAUUCGAUGCCAAAUCGUUGCGCUCAGUGGAUCUCAGGGAGUGGUGUGCAGCCAAUACGCGCAGGCCGGAGUUCUUCAAGUCGAUACCUGACUCAUUGUUUGAUCUUGUAGACAAGUGCUUAUCAGUCAACCCCAGGUGCAGGAUCACAUCAGAGGAUGCUCUGAUGCACGACUUCUUUGCUCCGUGCCAUGAUCUAAUUCGGCAGCACAGGCUUGCUAGAAGGCCAGCCCCUUCUAAUAAUCUGCCAUGUUUGCCUCAAGACAAAUCGGUCAAGGCAAACGAGUCGAAGCGAUCUUCUUCCACCGUGCCGACUACUGUUAACUCUGUAAGUUGAUUGCCUCCACCAGCAAAUUAACCAGUGUGCCAAUAGUCUUAACUAUUUUGCUCCCUCAGAUGUUGAUGUAACCAUGUAAAUACUAUAUAUACCCCCCAAAAAUAUGUAAGAUGUCAAAUGUACCAAUGUUUGCUCCAGAUGGCAGCGUGAUGUACUGGUGUUGAAUUCAUGCACGAUGAUCAUGUGCUACUUGAUGUACCUGUCAAUGUUGAUAGACUGAUAGUGGGUCA